AUGGCUGCCGUACCCGAACCUCCCCGUGGCGACGUUGUUGCCGCCCUUAACUUCUAUCUCCCUCCCGAAGACGGUUCAGUGCCGUACAACCUCGCUGGUGACGUUCCGCCCGGUGUUGUCCCCCUUCGUAAUUUUGGUUCCGUCACCCACGACGUGCUCAUCCACGACGCUCGAGGCAAGGAAUCCUCCUUCACUCUCGACGAAGAUGCCUUCCAAAUCCUGCAAAACCAGCCCCCCUCCGCCGAAACCUCCUUCACCGACGACGAGUCCAUCAAAAAGAACUACUACCCCGAAAUCGAGCGCCUCCUCCUGGACAACGUCCCAGGCGCAAACGAGGUAAUCAUCUUUGACCACACAAUCCGCCGCCCCCACGGCACGCGGCAGCCCGUCGCCCGCGUGCACAUCGACCAGACCACCACCUCCACCGCCCAACGCAUCCGACGACACGCGCCGUCCCCCGAAGCGGCCGAGGCUUACCUCGCCCAGCGGUACCGGAUCAUCAACGUGUGGCGGCCGCUGAACGCACGGCCCGUGGAGGCGUCACCCCUGGCGUUCGCGCGGUCGGCGACGCUGCGCGACAGCGACGUGGUGCCCGUGGAACACCGGUACCCGGCGAGCGCGGGCGGCUACGUGGGCCAGACGGCGGCGAUUCGCUACGAUGCGGGCCAGGAGUGGUAUUAUCUGAGUGGCAUGACGGGGGAUGAGCGGAUUUUGCUAGAGUGCUUUGAUAGUGAGGCGCUGAAGGAGGGGAGUGGGGUGAAGGGGGGCAGGGUGCCGCAUACUCCAAGAGCUACAGGGCCGAAGGGGCCUGCAAAGGUCUUGUCAAAAGCUCAGAACAGGAGCCUUCGAAUAGUAGUAGGGGCAUACAAGUCAGCUCCUAUUCGGUGCUUAGAAACAGAGGCCUGGGUGCCACCGCUAGACCUAUAUCUCAACAAGCGGCUGGCCGACUUCGAGGGCCGGCUACAGAAGCAGGCCCUACAGUCAGGGGCUGGGCCGGAGGCUGAGAGAAUAACCACGGGGCAUCUAAUUACUGAGGCCUGCAAUAAGGUCUACCGAAGGUUCAACAAGAGGAGGAAAACCCGAGGCCGGAGGCCCCGUCAGGGCCCGCAGAGUCCCACGCCCACUGAACUAGCCGCUAGUGUAGUGGCCCAGUGGGUUAACUACAAAUGGAAGAUCGGGGGGAAGGAUAGGGGGUCGAAUACCAAGGAGGUGGUCGAACUAGCCUGGCAGGCCCGGUGGGAACAACAGAGAGCUAGUCAACAAAGUACUACUCGACAGAGGGUAUUAAACAGGAGGAUAGCCGACGAAGACCCCCCAGCCCUCUUAUUUACCGACAAAGCUCUGAUGAGACACGAAGGUCUCACAAAGGCGCAGAGCUCCCUCCUCUCCCAGGCCCGUAUCGGGGAUAUAGGCCUCCGGGACUACCUGUUCAGGGUGAAAGUCCCGGGGGUCCGCACCCCCUAUUGCGAGUGCGGGAGGGGCAGGGAGACAGUGGAGCACUUGGUGGUUUGGUGCCCCGACCCGCCGUUACAAAGGCCGUGGGACGGCAGAGAGAUUCGGUCACAUCGGGACCUACAAACCGUAUUACGGGGAGUAGGUGCCCGGAGCAGAAGAUUUGUUAGGAAGGUCCUUGGCUGGCUGAUGGACUCUGGCCGGCUACUGGAGUAUAGACUGGCCAGAAGGCUGGAGCUAGAAACAGUGGAUGGGGAGGGCUAG